AUGGCGGAUAGAGAAGGCGCGUCCGUGGUGCCUAUGGACACUCCGAAUGCCGUUGGAGGGUUGAAGAAGAAGGGGACGGGUUCCAGAAGUUGGAUUUUGAUCGAUUCAUCCGGCCAGGAAAUCGUACUCGAUGUAGAUAAGUACGCAAUCAUGCACCGCGUGCAGAUACACGCUCGUGAUCUUCGCAUUCUCGAUCCUCUCUUGUCUUAUCCCUCUGCAAUCCUCGGCCGUGAGAGAGCCAUUGUUCUCAAUUUAGAGCAUAUCAAGGCUAUCAUCACAUCGGAGGAGGUAUUGCUUCGUGAUCCAUCAGACGAUAAUGUUGUUCCCAUUGUGGAAGAUCUCCGAAGGAGAUUGAAACCUGCCAUUACCAAUCAGGAAGACAAUGCAGAUGGCAAUACCGAUGGCACGGAUAUGCCUAUGCAACCUGAUGUUGAAAAUGGCGAAGAAGAUGAUUCUCCAUUUGAGUUCCGUGCCCUUGAGGUAGCACUGGAAGCCAUUUGUAGUUACCUUUCUGCCCGCACAAUAGAAUUGGAGUCUGCUGUUUAUCCAGCUUUAGAUAUGCUUACGUCAAAGAUUAGUAGUCGUAACUUGGAUCGCGUACGGAAGUUAAAGAGUCAGAUGACUAGGCUAACUGCUCGUGUACAAAAGGUCAGGGAUGAACUGGAACAACUAUUGGAUGAUGACGAUGAUAUGGCAGACCUUUAUUUAUCCAGAAAAUUAGUCAGUGCAUCGCCUGUGAGUAGCACUGGUGCUGCCAGUUGGCACCUUGCGUCACCCACCAUUGGUUCUAAGAUAUCUCGGGCCAGUAGAGCAAGUGUUCUAACAGUUCGCGGGGAUGAGAAUGAUGUCGAGGAACUUGAAAUGUUACUUGAGGCCUACUUUAUGCAAAUCGAUGGCACGUAUAACAAAUUAACCACGCUUCGCGAGUACAUUGACAACACCGAAGAUUAUAUAAAUAUCCAGCUCGACAACCAUCGAAACCAGCUCAUUCAGCUCGAGCUAUUUCUCAGCGCCGGAACCAUGUGCCUUGCCCUAUAUUCUUUAGUAGCCGGUAUCUUUGGUAUGAACAUCCCGUACACAUGGAACGAUGGCCACGGAUACGUGUUCAAAUGGGUGGUUAUAUUGACCGGCAUUAUGUGUUUAGUCGUGUUUGUGUUCAUAAUGUCGUAUGCUAAAUACAAAGGGCUCGUCGGAUCGUGAUUCUCUCGAAAAUCAGCUGGAAUUUAACGGGACGAUGACGUCGUGGCUGUGGUGGCGGCAGAAUUCUCGAUGGACCUAGAAAUGGUAUAUAGAUUUUAUUUUAUUUAAGGUAUUUUUACAGCUAAAUUUAUUCUGCACAAGUUACUAAUCAAUAAAAUAUUAUUUUUUAAUAUAAA